ACCCUGACCAAACCGUGUGUGCAUGCGUGUGCUGCACAAAUUUUGAUUUGUGCUUAUCUGCCCUCAACAGCGUACGGGAAGAAAAAAUAACGGCUGAGGAUAUUGUCGCUCUGUGCCUUUGCCCAGACUCAACGCCCAAUUGUUUACGGGGCGAAUGCAAGAAAUGCCCUAGCAUUGAUCGACUCUCCUUACAAGAAUUACAAUUGGUUCCAGAUGAGGAGAUUAGAUUUUGCACGUGGGAGAAUGGCAAUUUGGUGAAUAAGACUGCGGACUCGAACGCCUUUUUGAAAGAGAUGCAAAAAUGGGCCACAAGGUUUUCUACUCACGACUUCAUCCGUAGAAGUCAACGGGAAGCUGUUCGGAUUGAGAAGAGCAAGGUGACCACAAGGCAUAUUGUCAUGAACUUUGAUUUUGCGGAAAACUGGACGGUGACCCUGCCACACGAAAUACAAGAGCAUCACUGGCACAAGCGUCAAAUCUCCGUGUUCACAUGUGUUGCGUCGACAUCGCAAGGUCCCAAAUGUUUCGGUGUCGUGUGUGAAGACCUGUGCCAUGACACUGCCCACGCAGUACUCGCUCUAAGGUGCAUUGAGGACUGGCUGGAGAACAACAUUCCAGUUUAUACGUCAUUAACGUAUAUAUCUGACGGUGCACCAGCUCACUUUAAGAAUAGAUUUCAGCUCUACGAGUUCCAACGAGCCGGUCUUCCGAAGGUGAAGUGGGUUUUUUCUGCCUCAGGACACGGCAAGAGCGCCUGUGAUGGAGUAGGGGGGCUACUGAAGCAUCAGGCGACGGUGCACAACCUCCGUUCGCCUGUGGAUGAGGCCAUACAGAAAUCAACGGACUUUGUGCACAAGGUGGGAAAGUGUGUAAAAAAUGUGACUCUCCUAAAUUUAAAGCAAGACGACGUGAGUGAUUUCCGCAAAACCAAGAGAGCCGAAUGGGGAUCCAUACCGGUUCAAAAAGGCAUCCGCCUCUCACACGUGUGGCGACUUGAAAAAGGGGAAGUCCGUCUUCAGCGAACUGCAUAA